AUGCAGGAAUCAGAAGCGCAAAUUGAAGGAGUGAAUGUGGCAUUCAAAGAGCCGGUGCACAAAAUUCUGGAUCGGAUUAAGAAUGAAUCGUUCUUUAGGUGGUCGAACAAGAUGGGGGGUGACCCAUCUCGGAGAAAUCAAAACUUGUACUACACAUACCACAGGGAUAAAGGGCACACCACCGAGCAGUGUCGGGUAUUAAAAGAUCAUCUGGGGAAAUUAGUAAAAGUAGGGUAUCUGAAAGAGUUCGUAGUGGAUUCCGUAGACCGAGAUGCCAGCCAGGGUGUUCAGCAGAAAAGGAAUCCCCUCCCACCACCGCUGGGAGUGAUCGAAGUCGUCCACACUGCCCCGAGAGGUGCGGCCACAGUUAAGGGAGUAUUGACAAUGGCCUGCACGGAGGGAGAAUCACCCCAGAAAAGGAUGAAAGUUGGUCAGCUGACGAUCUCUUUUGACGAGGAAGAUUUGGAGGGGACGAUCCAACCUCAUGAUGAUGCGUUGGUAGUAACAGCACGGAUAAGCGGGUUCUUGGUGAAAAAAGUGAUGAUAGAUCAGAGAAGUGGAGCUGACGUAAUGUACCCAGAUUUGUUCGAGGGGCUCGGAUUGAAGAGCCAGGACUUGGUGAAAUAUGAUACGCCACUAGUCUCGUUUGACGGAAGAGUCGUGAUCCCCGAAGGUCAAAUUUCUCUCUCCGUGGACAUGGAAGGCAAGGAAGUAAUGGUGACCUUCAUAGUAGUCAGAUCAUUCUCACUGUACACUACAAUCUCGGGAAGGCCGUGGAUUCACGCAAUGAAGACUGUUCCGUCCACCCUGCACGUGAAAUUUAAAUUUCCCACCGAGUAUGGAGUCGCCGUGGUACGAGGGAACCAACGAAUGGCUAGGCAGUGUCUUGUCGCGCGGUCAAGUCGAAGGGCGAACAGGUUGGACAAACAGAAACCACCAAAAGAGAAACUUUAUAGCAAUUACAAAAGCCCCAAGGAGAAACAGGGGCGGAUGGUGUUGAGGAGGUUUUGA